AUGGGUGAACCGAUCGUCAACGGCGAGAAGCACUACUCGCAAUUCCUGGAUCAUCUCACCUCCUACCCCAUUGUCUCGGACUCGAUCUCCUACUACAAGGGGAACCCCUACGGAGCCAAGUCCCUCGAAUUCGCUGACCAGGGCUACAACCGUUUUGCCAAACCCGUGCUGCCCUACUUCACCACGCCCUACAGCUAUGUUGCGCCCUAUCUGGCCCGAGCCGACUCUCUCGGUGACAAGGGUCUGACUGAGAUUGAUACCCGCUUCCCUAUCAUCAAAGAGGACACCGAGAAACUGCGUAGCUCCAUCUAUAACAGAGCCUCGUUGCCCGCUCGCGUCGCCGGCGACGUGAAGCACCACCUCUUUGAUGUCUAUGGUACUGAGUACAAGAAGUGCGGGGGUGAUGGUGUCCUUGCUUCUGGCAAGGCUGUUGUUACUACCAGCUUGGUUCUGUCGCAGGAGUCGUUGGCUUGGGUUAGCGCUUUCCUCCAGAGCAAGAAGGAAGAGACGAAGGAAAUUGUCGAGAAGAACAGCCAUUGA